AGAAAGAAAAAAGGGCGAAAGAUUCGAUCUAAAACCGUGAAGCCAGUUGGAUAUAGAGAGCAACAGAUAGAUAGAAUGAGUAGAAAGAGACGACAAUCGAGGGGACUUGAAUCGACGAAAGUUUAGAGGCUGAAUCAACGGCGUCGUUUUAUCUGGAAGGCCUUCUAAGUUGUUUCUCACAACUCAGAUUCAGUUCUGGACCUCCCUCCCUCCUUCUUCUUCUUCUUCAUCAAAGCCGAAUCGAAACGAGCUCUACUGCCGAGGCUGAUCAUCGCUGUUCUAGAGCUAUUGCCGACGCCAGUGCUAAGUCUUCUAGAAGUGGUCGAGACUGAUGCUUAAUCUUUUGCUUGAGGUCUUGUUCUCAGAAGUCCAAUAUAGCUAGUGUUGGUUAGGGGCAUAAGUAGCAACUUCUGUGGAGAAUUAAAAAAUACCGAUGAACUUGCUGAAUGCGUCCAUUAUUUUGUGUUGAGCGAAGGGAAAAUGCUACCAAAUUGGAAGAAGCCCCAUUCUAGUUUGAUGCUAAUCUAUCUGGGGUUCAAUCUAUCUGUCUUUUCUGAGAAAUCCAGAAGUAAAGAGGGUUUGUAAAGUGUAAUAUAAGAACACAUCAUGGAGCAAGUAUCAGAGAAAAGAUUUCCUUUAGAUGCAAAAGAGUAUAAGUUAUAUGAAGAAGUGGGUGAAGGUGUUAGUGCUAGCGUGCACAGAGCACUCUGCAUACCACUUAAUGAGAUAGUCGCUAUCAAAGUUCUUGAUCUUGAAAAAUGCAAUAAUGACCUGGAUGGCAUCCGACGGGAGGUGCAUACAAUGACUUUGAUUAAUCAUCAAAAUCUACUACGAGCACAUUGUUCAUUCACAGCCGGCCACAGCCUUUGGGUUGUUAUGCCAUAUAUGGCUGGGGGGUCCUGCCUUCAUAUAAUGAAGUCUAAGUUCUCUGAAGGUUUUGAUGAACCUGUUAUAGCAACUCUAUUGCAUGAGGUGCUCAAAGCUCUUGUGUAUCUUCAUGCUCAUGGCCAUAUCCAUAGAGAUGUGAAGGCUGGAAAUAUAUUGAUUGAUUCUAAUGGUGCCGUCAAGUUAGCUGACUUUGGAGUAUCAGCAUGCAUGUUUGAUACUGGGGAUAGACAACGUUCCAGAAAUACAUUUGUUGGAACUCCUUGCUGGAUGGCUCCUGAAGUUAUGCUGCAAUUGCAUGGAUACGACUUCAAAGCUGACAUCUGGUCAUUUGGAAUAACAGCACUUGAACUUGCCCAUGGGCAUGCCCCAUUUUCCAAGUAUCCACCGAUGAAAGUUUUGCUGAUGACAAUACAAAAUGCAUCACCAGGCCUUGACUAUGAAAGAGACAAAAGAUUUUCUAAGUCUUUCAGGGAUCUGGUAGCGGUUUGCUUAGAGAAGGAUCCAAAGAAACGUCCAACUUCUGAAAAGCUUUUAAAGAACCAUUUUUUCAAACAUGCACGGCCAGUUGAUUAUCUAUCACGUACGAUCCUGGCUAAUCUCGAACCACUAGGGGAACGUUUUAGGAAACUGAAGCAAGAGGAAGCUGAUGUUCUUGUGCAGAAUAAGGCUCUCUACGGGGAUAAGGAACAUUUAUCACAGCAAGAGUAUAUCCGAGGAAUAAGUGCGUGGAAUUUCAGCCUUGAAGAUUUAAAAAAUCAGGCCGCCCUUAUUCAGGAUGAUGGCACGCCACCUGAAGGGAAUAAGGAGCAAAGUGACAGCUAUGAACAUGUUAGCUUUCCAGCAGAAAGGUCGUGUGAUGAGAUGACAAACCAGUCAAACUUUGUAUCUAAUCAGGAGGAUGGCUUUGAUGACCUUCAUAAUUUGGACAGCUCACUUGCUUCAUUUCCUAUGAAACCUCUUCAAGCACUCAAAGGCUGUUUUGAUGUUAUUGAGGAGGAUGUGACUGCGACUAGUACUCCACCCACUGUUAAAGAAAAUGGAAGAGGUGGAGGGGAGACUUCAGGUGAAAGUAGUUCUCUACCACAACAUGAUAUCUCUGAGCCUAAAAAGUUCAUGAGUGGUUCAUUACUCCUGGAUAAUAUGCUUUCUUCUAAUAAGGUUAUUGGCGAAGGGGAGAGGGAUCAUCCACAAUCAAAACACCAACCUGAACGGAAAUAUAGUGGUCCAUUGUUGUAUCGUCAAAGGAGAGACGCCAAUACCCCUACAUGUGCAGAGGAUAUGUCUGAAGGAGCAGUUGUGCAGCGUAAGGGGCGGUUCAAGGUCACCGCAGGAGACGUCAGUCCCAAGGGUCCUUCAAAUAGCUUCUUCAAUCCUGUUCCUGGAGGUUCAUCUAGUCCACCAACUCCAAAUGUUACAGCCGGUUCUGUUCUCUCAAUACUACAAUCCAUGCUGCAGCAAAACGCCUCCCAAAGGGAGGAAUUGAUAAAAUUGAUCAAAUUUGUUGAACAGAUCGUCGGUAUGCAUGGAGAGUCAGCCGAUCUAAGCACCAGCGACCUUUUGCAGAUACCUCCUGCUUCCUAUAGGGAGAGAGAGUUGCAAUCCUUGGUGAUUAAUAGUCAACAGGGUAUUAGGAAUCUAGAAGAACAGAUACAAAGACUGAAGAUUAAAAAUGCUCAGCUAGAAAGACAACUGAAUGCGGCCUUGGCCAACAAAAAUAAGAUGUAGAAAUGGAAAUGAAGUGAUGGGAAUGCCAUGUCAUGGGCGAAGUUCACAUCUGCAGCUCAAACAAAUGUUUCCGCCAACAGAGACUGUUACAGAAACAAACUGGUCCUUCAUGACGGUGUUAUGGCCAUGGCAGGAUGAUUUUGGUCGGUGCCUCUGAUGGUACAUGGAGUGCAAGCCUUCUGAAUUAUAGAAGCAAAUUUUUUUUGGUGGGUUGUACCUUAUAUUAGAGUAACGUAUGUGUGAAUGUGAGUUUAGUGCAGACAUUCAAAUUUUGAGAAUCCUAUUUCUUGAAUUUCAUUAUGUAACAUAAUUUAUUGACCCAAUCUUGUAAAUUAUUUUGCGUUUCACUUCUCUUUCCUCUGCAAUACAACUCAGAAACAUUAGUUCCUUUGUUGGAAAAUGUUAAUAAAAUCUGAUAUUUUUCUCUUAUAGUUUAACUUUGA